CCUGUAUUACUAUACGCAAGAUGUUAGAACAAACUGAUAACUUUUAAGAUAAAUAAGAAAGUUUCAAUGAAAAUUCAUUAAAGAUUUAAAAAAAAUUCUUGUAAAUAAAGUGUACAAAUAGAAAUUUGUGAAAAUGUCAAUAUCAGCCAUAUAUAUCCUUGAUGUAAAAGGGAAAGUGUUAAUAUCUCAUAAUUAUCGUGGUGAUUUAGAAACAAAUGUUAUUGAAAAAUUUAUGCCUUUAUUGAUGGAAAAGGAAGAGGAAGGUUUACUUACACCCAUAUUACAAACAAAUGAUUGUACAUUUGCAUAUAUUAAAACAAAUAAUUUAUUUAUUGUAUCAACGACUAAAAAGAAUGCCAAUAUUGCAUUAGUUUUUGUAUUUUUGCAUAAAAUUGUUCGUGUUAUGAUGGAAUAUUUUAAAGAACUUGAAGAAGAAAGUAUUCGUGAUAAUUUUGUUGUAAUCUACGAAUUAAUGGAUGAAUUAUUAGAUUUUGGUUAUCCACAAACGACUGAUAGUAAAAUCUUACAAGAAUAUAUCAUGCAAGAAGGCCAUAAACUUGAAAUACAGCCACGUAUACCCUUAGCUGUAACAAAUGCAGUAUCUUGGCGUUCUGAAGGUAUCAAAUAUCGUAAGAAUGAAGUAUUUUUGGAUGUUAUCGAAUCAGUGAAUCUAUUAGCAAACGCCAAUGGUAAUGUGUUACGUAGUGAAAUUGUUGGUGCAAUCAAAAUGCGUGUUUAUUUAUCUGGCAUGCCAGAAUUACGUUUAGGAUUAAACGAUAAAGUAUUAUUUGAAUCAACCGGUCGUGGAAAAUCAAAAUCAGUGGAACUUGAAGAUGUGAAAUUUCAUCAGUGUGUACGAUUAUCACGAUUUGAAAACGAUCGUACCAUAUCAUUCAUACCACCUGACGGUGAGUUUGAAUUAAUGUCAUAUCGAUUAAACACCCAUGUAAAACCGUUAAUAUGGAUUGAAUCGGUAAUUGAAAGGCAUGCCCAUAGUCGUGUUGAAUAUAUGAUUAAAGCGAAAUCACAAUUUAAGCGACGUUCAACUGCAAAUAAUGUGGAAAUUGUCAUUCCGGUACCAGCUGAUGCCGAUUCACCGAAAUUCCAGACUACCGUUGGCAGUGUAAAAUAUGCACCAGAACAAAAUGCGAUUACAUGGAGUAUUAAAUCAUUUCCCGGUGGUAAGGAGUAUUUAAUGCGUGCACAUUUUGGAUUACCGAGCGUGGAAUGUGAGGAUAUUGAAGGGAAACCUCCAAUUCAAGUAAAAUUUGAAAUACCGUAUUUUACAACGUCCGGAAUUCAAGUACGAUAUUUAAAAAUUAUUGAAAAGAGUGGGUAUCAAGCGUUGCCAUGGGUACGAUAUAUCACACAAAAUGGAGAUUAUCAACUAAGAACUAACUAAAUUUCUUGUUUUCAUUUUUUAAAUUAACUGUAUACAGGGUGUUAAUAUUACAAGGUUACGAAGUUUGUUAUCAGAUUUAAUUGGUUUUAUUAAUAAAAAUUAAAUAGUUGCUU